AUGUCAGCCUUCUCAUUCCGCAAUGACGUCCUCGGCGCUCCCCGCUCCUCAGCAUCCACGAGCGAUUCCGUCCUAGUAAUCAUCGACGCACAGAACGAAUACGCGAACGGUAAACUCGCCGUCAAGAACGUAGAGCAAUCGCGAAAAGUCAUUGGCUCAUUACUAAACAAGUACCGAAAAGCAAACGGUAAAGUCGUUCACGUGCUUCACCAGGUUCCUGACGGAGCACCUGUGUUCACUCCUGGAAGCGAUCUUGCUAAGGAGUUUGAUGAGUUGAAACCGAAGGAUGGAGAGCCUACUAUUCAGAAGCAGGUUCCUGGUGCUUUCACAGGAACGGAUCUUCAUAAGACUUUGGAGGGUUAUGGGUUGAAGAAACUUGUGCUGACGGGUUACAUGGCACAUGUGUGUGUUUCGACGACUGCACGUGAGGGUAUGCAAAGUGGUUAUGAUGUAGUGAUUCCGGAGGAUGCUGUUGGAGACCGAGCUAUUCCAGGGGUUUCUGCUGAUGAGGUUGUUAAGGUUGCGCUAGCAGAACUUGGGGAUGCUUUCGCUACUAUUAUUAAGAGCAGCGAAAUCUCAUAG